GUCAAUUACAAUUACUUGAGAUCCUAGCAGCUCAUCAGCCAAGUCGCAAUUCACACCUCCCAGGCCCCAGUCCCGGCCAGCCAUCCCCAGCCUCAUAAACUAGCCGCCAAUAUCAAGAGGGCGAAGCCGACCACCCCUAAACGCACCGCACCGCCCGCGAUGAGAAGCCAUUGCCGCCACCGACGGCCUAUAAAUCAUGUCCACCAUCGAUUCGACCCCCAAUCGGCCAAAAAAACCUAGAUUCAAACAAGCGCACAACAUAUCGAACUCUAUCGUCGAGACCAUUGCUUCGAGCCGUCUUUAUCACCAUCAACCGUCGUCGUGCCCGUCAUCGUCGCUCGUCUUCGAAUGCGUCCCCCGCCACCGCGCCUCAUCUUCAAUCUUCGUUUUCACUCAUGCUCGUGAAACUGGUCAUGGAGGAGAGAGAACACGGGCUGGGGAAAGAUGGGAGGAGUUCAGACAGUUCAGGGGUGUGUUUUCAGAUUUUAUAUAAUGGGCAUUUGGUCCUUUCAGUUUAAAUUAGUCUCUUUUCUGCCGUUUUUCAAGACCGGUCUUAAGCUGCUAGUAUUAUUCAGGUCAUUAAUUCAACUUUUAAGUUAUUUAGAUAAACAAAUUCCGAAUUCGCAAAGGCGGUGCAUAGAGAAGGACCUUCGAAUAAUCUAAUAGUCACGCUCAAACCAGUUACGCGAACAGGGAAAGACGUCUUCGAGCGGAGCAACUCUAAUGGCCGAUAUCGUGUUCAAGGUCUCCCCCCAUGGCAGAGCAGUGUUCGACAAACUGGAAUCCGGAAUGGGGACUUCCGAGUCUACCGAACGAGGGACGAAUUCGGUUUCCGACAGCGACGAGUCGACUUGGAGGACUCUUGUGCUACCCACAAAGUAUGUACGCUAUAAACGUGUGUUAGAGGGUCGGAAGCUAACUGAUGAUUUGACACAAGAGGCUCUGGAGAAAAUGCUGAAGAGGUGGUCUAAAAAAAGACGAGGAGGUCGAAGUAGGCUUUCCAGCAUGCCUGUAGGCGGUGUACAGCCUGUUAAACUUGAAGGACUCAAAGCUAAGGGUGCUAAAGAAUAUGAUACCAUCCUCUCUAUGUGCGAUUGGAUUGUUGAUGAGCACCAUAAAUACCGUCCUGAAAAGUGUUGCGAGUUUGCCAGCGUGGAUAAGGUGGGGCGUCAAUUUGCGGAAAAUGGUCAUUUUUAUUACCUUGAUUUUUUGGUCAAAGAUCUGGAGAAUGAUGGCAAUCCUUUAGUGCCUGUUGAGGCCGUCAUUUAUCGGAGAGUGCCUGAUGAUUUCAAAUUAUGGAAAUGUCAUGGGCUGAAAGCCUGCAAUAUGAUAUCUCUUUUUUUGACUCUGAAACAGUUGGUGAUCUGACAAGUAGGCUCGGAGCAGAUUGUCAGCAUGUGUCUCGUGUAAUUGGAAAUGACCUCAAUUUGAUACUACGUAAUCUUCUUCAGGGAAUAGUUGCUCUGAUUUACUUAUUGGUUUUGUCAUGGCCACUUGGCUUGUGCACAUUAGCAAUCUGUUCUACCAUAUCAAUCUUAAUGCUAUUAUAUGGCCGGUAGCAAAAGAAUGCAGCUAAGUUGAUUCAAGAGUACACUGCUUCUUCCAAUGAGGUUGCUCAAGAGACUCUUUCUCUAAUGAGGACUAUUCGUGCGUAUGGGACUGAGAAACUAGAACUCGAAAGAUACUCACAGUGGUUGGGUAGGUUAGCUGAUAUAAGCCUGCGACAGAGUGCUGCAUAUGGAUUUUGGAGUUCUGGAUUCAAUACUCUCUACCACUCAAUGCAGGUUAUUGCUGUCGUGAUAGGAGGAAUGUUCAUUCUAGCUGGUCAUAUAACAGCAGAGAAACUUACGAAGUUCAUCCUAUAUAGCGAAUGGCUUAUCACUAAUGCAGUGGUUGGGGGACAGCGUGUCAUCACUAAUGCAGUCUGUUGGAGCAAGUGAAAAGGUUUUUCAUUUGAUGAAUCUUGAACCCAGCAGUGAAUUCAUUGCUAAAGGUUUUACUUUCCGACAUCUGAAAUGUUGUUCGUUCUUUGUUCUUUGUUUUCAUUUAAUAUAUAAAUUUGUCAGUAAAAUAUUUCUCCCUUUUAUGGUGAAUAUAUAAAAAUUGCAACUUGCUGCAAAAACAAGUAUCUACAUGGCAGUUGUGGCUAUAUUUUCACAAUAUGAUGUAAUGACUUUAAGAAAAUAACUUUCCUUUGCAGUUCCUUACCUUUCCCUAGAAUUUUUCAUGAUCCAAACAUGCCCCUGAUGGCUGAUGUUACCCUUUGCUUCAUUAAUGGCAUACCAUUUUAGUCAACUCUUCAGAAAUUCGAGUAGGUUAGGAUCACUAAGUUGUGCAAUAAGACACUUUAGUUAGACCACAUUAAAAAGAUGAAAUCAAUUCUAUUAGCUAGCUCAACAAAAGGUCUUAGUAACCCAACAUUUUCUUUUUAGUUGUCCGAUGUUGGGCUCUUAGCAGAGAUUAUGAGUACAUAGUAAAGUUACUAUCUCUUUAUUCUUCAAUUUACUUAAUGUAUGCGAGAAUGCUACAAGAUCAAAAUUAGGGAAAUUAUCAGGGCACAUACAAUUUGAGAAUGUUACCUUUCACUAUCCUACCAGGGUAACGGUACGUUUCAUUCAAUCAUUAGCAUUCCUACACAUAUUUAAAUGAGAUCCUACACGCAAAUUGCGUGAAUCUACAAGCUUAAUUUGUUUUUUUACUACUGAACAGAUACCAGUACUUCGAAAGGUUAACUUCACAGUGAAUCCAGGUGAAGUUUUAGCAAUUGUUGGUCUUAGAGCAUCUCCAAUGGUAAAAUGUGCACGGUACACACGUGGCAUGAAAAAUAGCCACAUAAAUAUUAGUAAAUAAAUUCUUUAUCUCCUUAUUUGAAUGAUUUUAUACAGUUUUGGUAAGUUUUUCUCCACACUAUCAAGGAGACCGUCUAGAUGUUGACAUUGUUGUUGACAUUGCAGGAAAAAACUUACCAAAAUUGUAUAAAAUCAUUCAAAUAAGGAGAGAAAUAAUUUAUUUGCUAAUAUUUUUGUGGCUAUCACUCAUGCCACAUGUACACCGUGGACAUUAUAGCAUUGGAGAUGCUCUUAGUGGUAGUGGAAAAAGCACUUUGGUGAGCCUCCUCCUCCGCCUUUAUGAGCCAACAAGUGGCCAGGUACGGAUCAAUGGAUACCCUGUUAAAGAUCUGGACAUUAAAUGGUUGAGAGAGAGAAUUGGCUAUGUCGGGCAGGAACCUCGGCUUUUCCACACAGAUAUCAGUUCAAACAUAAGGUAUGGAUGCACACUGAAUAUUAGCCAGGAAGAUGUGGAAUGGGCAGCCAAGCAGGCCUCUGCUCAUGAUUUCAUUUUGGCUUUGCCCAAUGGUUACCGAACUCUUGUUGAUGAUGAGUUGCUAAGUGGAGGACAAAAGCAAAGAAUAGCAAUUGCUAGGGCUCUUCUUCGAGAUCCAGAUGUUUUAAUCCUUGAUGAAGCAACCAGUGCUCUAGAUGCAGAGAGUGAACACAACAUUAAGGGUGUCCUUCGUGCAUUCAGAAGAGACUUGAAGACGAUGAGAACUGUAAUAGUAAUUGCACACAGACUUUCUACAAUUCAAGCUGCAGACAGGAUAGUGGUCAUGGAUAGUGGAAGUAUUAUGGAAAUGGGCAACCACAGGGAGCUUCUUCACAGUGGUGGCUUGUAUGCGCGAUUAGCUCAACGACAGGCGGAUGCUGUGGCAUGAAGUAAAGAGCCUUGUUGACUGGAAUUUCUGAAUUGCCAGAUUGGUUCACAACCAUUUGUAUAUAUGCAUGAAUAUAUAGUAUAUGUAUGGUUAGUGGAGAAAGAAGAAAACAUCUUGGAUGACUGAUUUUAGCUGAAGAGUUUGUGGUUUCCACCUGUGUUAUGGUUCAAUUGGGAUCAGCUUCUUAUGUAAAUUUAUGAUUGAUAAACCGCUUUCGCGUUUUGUAUUCUGGUUCAACAGAGUUUAACCUUUCCGGGUGGUCUUGAGUAUCGUGUCUCAAAACAAUGACAAAUGGUUUAUU